AUGUCUCCUAUACAUAUAAUAAUAUCAGGUGCUUCUUCCGUCGGAAAAUCAACGCUUGUCGAGGAAUGUAUAAAAAAAUUUCGACAGGAUAAAAAAUUAAAAGAUAAAAAAUUUAAACUUAUUCAAGAAGUCGCACGAACAGUAUUAAAUCGAUUAAAUUUAACUGGAAGAAAUCUAGAAACUUACAUUAAUCAAAAUAAUAUAAAUGCAUUUUCAAAUGUACAAGAAAAAAUAAUUCAUGAACAAGUAUCAGCUUUUGAAAAAGAAAAAGAAAAAAAUUAUUUAUCAGAUCGAUCUGGUUUUGAUGCAUUAGCAUAUAUUCAUCAUUAUUUUAAAAAUCAACAAAAAACCAAUUCAAUAUUUGAAAGUGAACAAUUUCAAUUCUUAGUAAAUCAAUGUAGAGAUGGUUUAGUAUUUAUUAUUCAACCACAAGAAGAAUUACAAGCAAAAAAUGAUAAUAUGAGAAUGGUACCUAAUUAUAAAGAUCAAAUUGCUUAUACAAAUUGUUUAAAAUAUUGGUAUGAUCAAGCAUAUUUACCUUAUUUUGUAAUAACUGAUCUUGAUAUGACAAAACGUGUUGAAUUUAUUCAAGAACAUAUCAAUGGACGAUUUCAUUGGUUACCACCAGAAAUUUCAAUUCCAUUAUGUAUACCAUUUCAUCUAAGUAAACCAAAACAAUAUAGACAUAAUAAUGUUCUUUCAUUAUCAUCACAUUCAAAUCAAUCUUAUAUGCGUCAUAUUGAAUUAUUAGAUAAACACAAUAUACGAAUUAGUUAUAAAAAAUAUGAUACAAAUCGAUUAGUUGAAAAAUAUGAUCCAUCUUGUUUGAAUAAUAAAUUUGCUUCAAUAUUAUUUAAUCAAAAAUUAGAUAAUCAAUUUCUUGAAAAAAUUCUACUAGAUGGAAUUUGGAUUAAUAAUCAACAAUAUAAUUUUAUCGGUUAUAGUAAUAGUCAAUUAAGAGGUCGAUCUUGUUAUUUAUAUGCUGAUUCAAAUGAUGAAAUAGAAAAAAUAAUUCGUGAUAAUGGAGAUUUUGAUAAAAUUAAAAAUAUUAGUAAACGUGCUGCACGUAUUGGUCUUUUAUUUUCAAGUUGUACACCAACAAUUCAUAUACAAUCUGAUCAUGUUAUUCAAAUUGAUGAUGUUGAACGAAAUAACUAUACUUUUACUGAUGGAUGUGGUAUUAUUGGGCGAAAAUUAGUUAAACAAAUUAUUCCUUAUUUAACUGAUUUUAAAAAAGCAAUCUUAUCAUUCGAUGAUGAAAAUCUAACAGAAGAAAUAAUAUAUCCAUGUGCAUUUCAAAUUCGUUAUCAAGGUUACAAAGGUGUAUUAAUGAUCAAUAAUGAUGAUAACGAUGAAAAUAUUCAAGUUCGUCCAUCAAUGAAAAAAUUUACAAGUACAAUAAGUACAUGUUUAUAUGUUUGUGAUGAUGGAUAUUCAGGACCAAGACUUGGAUUUCUUAUUAAACAAUAUAUUAUCUUAUUAUCUGGUUUAAAUAUUCCAGAUGAAAUUUUUUUAAAAAAACAACAAGAACAUUUUGACGAAAUUCUUCAAAUGUGUGAUGAUAUGAAUAUUGCAAUGAAAUAUUCACUUUAUUUUGAUCGAAUUGAUUUAAUUCAUCAUUUAUUAGCAAAUAAUAUUCAAUUGAUUCAAUCAGAAUUAGAAUCUUUACAAAAAAAAGCUUUAGAAAGUGUAGAAAAACUAAAAAUACCAAUUACAAAAUCACGUUUAGCCUUUGGAGUUUGUGAUCCAUAUGGUAUAUUAAAACCUGGUGAAGUUUAUUUUCGUCCAACAUUUAAUGGAAGACAAUUUAUGAUUGAUUCAAAAAUUUGUUUCGUUGCCAAAUCUCCAAGUUAUCAUUUAGGUGAUAUUCGAGUUUUAAAAUUAACAUCAUAUAAACAAUUAGAACAUUUAUAUGAUGUUGUCGUUUUUCCAACGAGAGGUCAACGUCCUCAUCCAAAUGAAAUUGCUGGAAGUGAUUUAGAUGGUGAUAAAUAUUUAAUUUGUUGGGAUAAUGAUUUAAUUCCAAAAGAAAUAAAUAAACCGAUGGAUUAUACUUCAACAGCUAAAUCUCAAGAAUUAGCAUUUAUUACAAGAAAAGAAAUGAUAUCUCAUUUUGCUAAUGCACAAAAUAGCAAUCAAUCAGGUAUUAUUGAUAAAUAUUAUAAUUAUUGGGCAAAUCUUCUUGGAGUUAAAUCAAUACAAUGUCGACGAUUAGCAGAAUUAUUUUCUGCAGCUGUUGAUGCACCAAAAACUGGACAAAAGAUUCAUAUUCCAGCAGAAUUAAAACCACCAAGAAAAGAAGAAGAAGAAGAACAAAUAAUAACAAUACAAAAUACUGAAGUGAAUAAUCAAUCUCCUGGAGAAAAUAAUAAUGCAAAACAAAAUGAAUUUAUUUGGAUGAAAAUGUUAAAUAAUGCUAAAAAAUUUCGAAAUGAAUUUGAAAUGAAAUUAAUUAAUGAAAAUCAAUAUAAAUGUUUAUCAAAAGAAACAUUAUUAAAUCUAUUUUUUGAACGACGUUGUCCAACAAAAUAUAAUUAUAAUAAUGUUCAAUCAUUGAAUGAAUAUGAUUUAAUAAUUUCAACUAUAAAAUGGGUAAAUGAACAAGAUAAUUCCAAUGAAAUUCUUAAAGAUUUUAUUUAUUUAUUUGAUUUAAGUCAAUUAACAAUGAAACAAAAACAAGAUAUUGAUUUAACAUUACAAAUAAAUCGUUCAUAUUUAUAUUCAAUAUUAAAUAAAUCAAAAAUAUUAUCAAAUGAACUUAUUGAAAAAUAUCAUUUAUCUCAAACAUCAUUAUCAUGGAGAUUAUUUUAUACUUCUCCCAAAUUAUUUAAUAUUAAUUCUCUAUUAGAAUAUCAACAAACAUUUCAACCAAUUAUUUAUGUUUUACAACAAAAUUCAAUACAUGAAAGAAUAUUAAUUAAUAUUUCAAUUGAUGAUACAAUAACUUUAGUAUUAGAUAUUAAUAAAGAUGCUCUUAUUAAUAUACCGCAACAACAAACAAAUUAUAAUCAAUCACAAAUUUGUUAUCAAAUUCAACCAGGAUUAUUUCAAGCUUAUCUUGAAUCAAAGUUAUAUUCUAUUCGAAGAAAAUUUCUUUUUGAUAUUGAUUAUUUUGUGAAAAUAAGUCGAGAUCGAAUACAAAUCUAUCAAAAUGAUCCAGGAAAUUCUUUUAUUGUUUUAAUGUAUGAUAUUAAUAAUGAAAAUAAAAUAAUUAGUGUUGAUUUAACACGUUUCGAUCGACAUAUAUUACAAAAACAUCAACAUCCAAAAGUAAAUCGACAUGAAUUUUCUUAUUUUGAAAUAUUUGUUUUAUCUAAUGAUCAAAAUAUAUAUUCAAGUUAUUAUCCAAUUAUAAGUUAUUAUGAUGAAGAAUAUUAUACACAAAAUUAUUUUCAUGAACAAAUUGAAAAUUAUCAAUAUAUUGAAUAUCAAACAGACAAAGAUAAAAUGGAAGAAGAAAAAUAUAAAAAGCAACAAAAAGAAUUUGAAGAUAAACAAAAAGAAUUAAUUUCAAAAUUUGAAAAUCUAUCAUUUGAAAAUAGAGAAGAAUUAAUUGAUGAAUUUAUGUCAAUUCAUGAUACGGAAUAUUUAUCUAAAAUAUGGAAUUAUCUUAAUCAAACAGGAAAAAAUCUUAAUGAAUUAAAUGAAAAAUUUUUGGAAUAUUUUGUAAAAGAAAUUAACUUGAUGUUAAAUGGUUCAAUAUAUCGACCAUUUAUUAAUGAACAAUGGUUUUAUGAUUUAUUAUUCUCAAGAAUUAUUUCACAAAAAAAUAUUAAAAUAUUUUAUAAAAUUUAUAAUUUAAUCAAACAAAUGAAUUGCAAAUUAAAAGAUAAAAGUCAACCAUCAUAUAUACCUUUUCUAGGAAGAAUUCUUCAACGAUUAAUAAAAGAAAAUUUUCUUGAAAUUCAAAAAUUAUUUUUAAUCAAUGAUGAAUUUAUUUAUAAUUUAGAUUUAUCAUUAAUAUUAGGAAAUAAUUAUAAUACAGAUGAAAUUAAUUUAAAUUAUUUUAUUGAAAUUCAUUCAUUAUUAAAUAAUCAAUUAACAUUAAAACAAUUAUCUCAUUUAAUUCAAUCGUGUUUAAUGACAAAAAAUUCAGAAAUUUCUUUUCAAUUUAUUCAAUAUUUAUCAAAUAUUCAAACAAUAGAUGAAGAACAACAUUCCAAAUCAACUAUUGAUUAUAUAAAACAAUUUUUAUCAAUUAUUAUUCGUGCAACUAUUUAUGAUCUUGAUGAAAUUAACAGAAGAAUUAAAUUAAAAAGAGAUAUUCUUAUUAAAAAUGGAGAAACUAUUUUUGAUUUAAGAGCAAAAUUAGUUAUUAGAAAAUCAACUAAUCAAGACAAUGAAAAUAAUACUCAACAAUUAAUAACUGAUAGUGAACGUCAUAUUGAUGAAGUAGAAGAGAAGACAGAAGAAAAAUGUAUUGAACCAGUAUUUUAUUUUGAACAUUAUCAAUACGAAAGAAUUCCUUCACAUCAUUUUAAUAUUGGUGAUUCAAUUGCAUUAAUUGAUCAAGAAGAAUUAGAUAAUUAUUUCAAUAAACAAAAUAAAACCGAUGAAAAACCACCAUUACGUUUAUUUUAUCAAUCAUUUGGAAUUAUUUUAAGUAUUCAUCCAUUCUUAUCAAUAAAAUUUCUCUAUUGGCCAUUAUCAUUAACAAAUAAUAAUUAUUUAAAUCGACAAAAAUUAUUUCGUUUAGAACGUUUACCAAAUUUUGUUACAUUAAAUCGUUCAAUUGAUGCAUUUGAAAAAAUUAUUGAAAAGAAUGAUAUUUUAAUUAUAAAACCAUUAUUAAAUUUAACAGAAAAUAUUGAUAAAAAUUCUUUAAAAGAAUAUGCUCAAGAAAAAAUCAAAAUAUUAGAAAAUAAUUUCUUUGAUGAUAAUGAAUAUCAACAUGCUAAUUUAAAUGAUAGUCAACGUCAAGCUAUAAAAAAUGCAUUAGAAAAUCGUUUAACAUUAAUUCAAGGUCCACCUGGAACUGGAAAAACUGAAACAUCAGCAUGGAUAAUUCAUUUAUGGUUAAAAAGUUUCUUUCAAGAAGGACAAUCACCAAUUUUAAUCUGUGCUGAAACACAUCAAGCAGUGGAUAAUUUAACUCGACGUUUAUUAAAACACCACUAUCGUCUAGUUCGAUAUGGUGAACCAAGAACUGUUGCACCAGAUCUUCAUGAGUAUACAAUGCCUAGACAAAUUGAAUCAUUACGUCGUGAAAAACAAAAAUCGAAUCCAAAUUCUUCAUCCAAAUCUUUAUUUGGUCCACCAAAACCAAAAGAAAUUUUGGAAAUUCUAUCACAAUGUCAGAUAUUAUGUAUGACCUGUUCUGGUGUGGGAAUAUUAGAAUCAUCUAUGAAAUUUCCAUUUAUUUUAAUUGAUGAAGCAUCACAAAUAACUGAACCAAAUAUUCUUAUUCCAUUAGUUCGAAUAACAGAUCAAAUUGUUCUUGUUGGUGAUCAAAAACAAUUACCACCAAUUAUAAAAAUGGCCGAAGCAAAACAAUUAUUAGAACGAUCAUUUUUUGAACGUUUAUUAGAAAAUUUAAAUAUAAACUCGAUAAUGUUAGAUACACAAUAUCGUAUGCAUCCAUCAUUAAUUGAUUUUCCAUCAAAAAUCUUUUAUAAUGGUUUAUUAAAAAGUGGUGUGACAUCUGAACAAAGACCAACACCAACUGAAAUAACAUUUAUUAAUAAAGAUAUUCCAUUAAUGUUUGUAGAUGUUGAUCAAGGUGAAGAAAGAAUUCAUGGAUCGAAUAUUUAUAAUAAACAAGAAAUUGAAUUUAUUUGUCAAACUAUUCAAAUAUUAUUACCACGUCAACAACCAAAAUUAACACCAAUGGAUAUUGGUGUUAUUACGCCAUAUACAAGACAAGUGAAAGAAAUAGCUGAGAAACUAAUAAAUAAUCAAAUUCCAAAAGGUGUUGAAGUUCGAACAGUUGAUGGUUUUCAAGGACGAGAAAAAAAUAUAAUUCUUAUUUCAUUAGUUCGAUCAAAUAAUGAAAAUGAAAUUGGAUUUUUAGUUAAUGAACAACGUAUGAAUGUACUUUUAACACGAGCGAAAUGUGCAAUGAUUGUUUUUGGUAAUAAAAAAACUUUAAUUUCAAAUAAUCUAUGGAAAAAUUGGAUUGAAAAUGUACCAAAUAUUAAUUCAACACAAUUUAUUAAUUAUUGUUUAAAAAAAGAACAAAAUCAAAUAACAACUCAACAUCAAGCGUAUUCAGCAAAGAAUAACUAUCGAAAAAGAAGAUAA